UCCAGCGAAACAUCCCACCAACAGAAUUCGUCGUGCUCUCUCCAGGAAGAACACAAACGAAAAUAUGGCGUUGCGAAGGGGACUUUUGACAAACCGGACAUCGCUGUAAACGUGAAACUGGCGAAAAAACAGUAAUGACAAUUAUAAGUACAGUACGUAUGGCGCUGGCCUGAGCUACGAAGAUCUGCCUGCCUUUCACCUGCCUAUCCCUCAGAAUCAUGUCCUGUCACUAAAGAUGGGAGGCAGUGGAUCCAAAGCUAAAGGAACCUGGCCUUUUACCAGCUCUGGGGCCAGUGGGGACUCUUCUAGUGAAGUCAGUAAGCAUGCUUUAGCCAGACUUCGUGGCUCCAAAAAUGCAACCCCUUUUAUCUUUACAAGGAGGAGUUCCCUGUACUAUGAUGAAGAUGGAGACCUGGCGCAUGAGUUUUACGAGGAGACGGUAGUAACCAAAAAUGGCCGAAAGAAGGCCAAGCUGAAAAGGAUACAAAAAAACCUCAUACCUCAGGGAAUUGUGAAAUUGGAUCAUCCACGAAUCCAUGUGGAUUUCCCAGUCAUCCUUUGUGAAACGUAGACACAGACCUUGAGAGAAUACAAGAUGUUUCACCAACCAAACCUAUCAUCCUUCCAAUACCAUUUUACCUUCUUUGAUGGGCUGCAACCACUCUGAACAUCAUUACCAUUGUAGGUGUUCCUCUUGGAGGAUGAGCCACAUUGCCCUUGUGUGUCUGGGAGGACUUACUGCACCUCAGCAGGAUUUGCCUAGAGGCAGCCUCUUGGUGCUGUAGAGUGGAAUUUGAAAACUAGGGUGAAUUGGAGUACUUCUUUUACACUUUGUUGUACUAAUAGAGAGUAGACCUACAUACUCCUGCCUUCUGUGAUGUACAGAUAUUUAAGAGUCUUAUGUUCUUAGAACAUGUGAGUGAAGGAUGUGGUAUGGAAAAUAUUGGGACAGGAUGUCCAUCCUGCAUGGUUGGACUGUCAACAAAGUAUAGCAUGUCUUUAUUGUUGUAUAUAAUUAUUAUACUGAAGUCUGCCUCUGUUGUAUUUGAGCCCAGACCUGCACUAGUCAUCAUCUAAUGUACAGUAAGUUAUGAUAUACUUGAAUAAAAUGAAAUGGAUUACUAA